GAUGGGUUAGAAGGGCUACUAGUGCAAAUCUAGUCGCGGACCUUUAGUGACGCUGCUCUUCGAGCCGCGGUGCCGGCAUUUACCUUAGUACUGCCGGCAAGGCCUGUCCGGUAACGUCCCCGAUGCCCACCCCUCGCCCUGCCCUGCCGCUUAUGGGAAAUGUAGUCCUGCCUCCGCGGCGCUUCCGGGCGCCUCCCUCCGUUGCCCGCGUUCCUCCGGCCUGUUCCGGUGGGCUUCCGGGUGGAGCCCACCCUGCCCGCGUUCGGCGGAAAUCCCUCCUCACGGCUGGGUGGCGCUUUGUGAUCCUUGGCCGGGCCACAUCCGCUUCCAGCAAAAGGGACUUUCAGUGGCCUGUUGAAGAGGCUACAGACAAGAGAAAAGCUUUAGAAGAGACCAAAGCAUAUACAACCCAAUCUCUAGCUAGUGUUGCUUAUCAAAUAAAUGCAUUGGCCAACAAUGUACUCCAAUUAUUGGACAUCCAGGCCUCUCAGCUUCGGAGAAUGGAGUCUUCCAUCAAUCAUAUCUCACAGACUGUGGAUAUUCAUAAAGAGAAAGUGGCUCGAAGAGAGAUUGGCAUUUUGACCACAAAUAAGAAUACAUCAAGAACUCACAAAAUAAUAGCACCUGCAAAUAUGGAGCGCCCUGUAAGAUAUAUUCGGAAACCUAUUGACUACACAGUUCUGGAUGAUGUGGGUCAUGGUGUCAAGUGGCUAAAAGCCAAGCAUGGAAAUAACCAGCCUGCAAGAACUGGCACACUGUCGAGAACAAAUCCUCCUACUCAGAAACCACCAAGUCCUCCUAUGUCAGGCCGGGGAACGUUGGGACGAAAUACUCCUUAUAAAACCCUGGAACCUGUUAAACCCCCAACAGUUCCUAAUGACUAUAUGACCAGUCCUGCAAGACUUGGAAGUCAGCAUAGUCCAGGCAGGACAGCUUCUUUAAAUCAGAGACCAAGGACACACAGUGGAAGUAGUGGAGGAAGUGGAAGUCGAGAAAAUAGUGGAAGCAGUAGUAUUGGCAUUCCCAUUGCUGUGCCUACACCUUCACCACCCACUAUUGGACCAGAAAACAUUUCUGUCCUUCCUCCUUCUGGAGUUCCACCAGCACCACCUCUGCCACCAGUUCUCCCAGUGAGCACUGUGAUAGCAGCCCCGGGCUCAGCUCCUGGUUCCCAGUAUGGCACAAUGACCAGGCAGAUUUCUCGACACAACUCUACCACUUCUUCGACAUCUUCUGGUGGAUACAGACGAACUCCCUCUGUGACUGCUCAAUUUUCUGCUCAGCCUCAUGUUAAUGGAGGUCCACUUUAUUCUCAAAAUUCAAUUUCUAUUGCUCCACCUCCUCCCCCUAUGCCUCAAUUGACUCCACAGAUACCUCUCACAGGCUUCGUGGCCAGGGUGCAGGAAAACAUUGCUGAUAGCCCAACUCCACCACCACCACCUCCACCAGAUGACAUUCCCAUGUUUGAUGACUCUCCACCCCCACCCCCACCUCCUCCAGUGGACUAUGAAGAUGAGGAAGCCGCCGUAGUUCAGUAUAAUGAUCCAUAUGCUGAUGGGGAUCCUGCUUGGGCCCCUAAGAAUUAUAUUGAGAAAGUUGUUGCAAUAUAUGAUUAUACAAAAGACAAGGAUGAUGAGCUGUCAUUUAUGGAGGGUGCAAUCAUUUAUGUUAUAAAGAAGAAUGAUGACGGCUGGUAUGAAGGAGUCUGCAAUCGAGUGACUGGUCUCUUCCCUGGGAACUAUGUUGAAUCAAUCAUGCACUAUGCUGAUUAAUUAUUUUUCUUUCCUUUUUUUUUUUUUUGGCUUUUAAAGUAGGUUCUUAUUAUUCAGUCAUACUGUGGGACUCCUAUGGUUAACAGAAUUGUCUUAAUGUUUAAAAUGUGCCCAUAUUUUCAGGAAAUGCUGUUUUAUCAGUAUAUUUGAAUGUCUACCUGUAAGCAUAAAUCUUUGAGACAGUUUUUAUAUUGCUAAAUGGCAAUUUUUACAAGAGGCUGUCCAUAAUUGAUUAUGCUUAUGUACUUACUUACACAUUGUUAAUUUUAUGACCAGCGUAAAUAUUCUGGGGAAUUGGGGUAUAUUUAACAAAUCGUGAUUCAGAUUGUAUCAUUACAUGUUUCAGUGCAGCAUGGUUACUAAUACUAUGUCAAACUAAUAUUAAAAUCAGAAAACUUAAAUGCUGGUGCUGGUCAUACUUGUUUAGAUUCUCAUUUUUAAAAAGUUUAAAGCAUGCAAAAAAAAUUCAUGUAUUGAAAUGUACUUAAAAAUUCCAAGAUGCUUCCAAUUUGUGUAAUACUUACCUGGCAUACCCAUUCUAGGUGAGUCUAUAAGGUCUACAUGUGAAACAAAACAAAAGGGGUUAUCUGUAAUGUUGUAAUUUGUACCUAAGUUUUUUAAUGAGUGAAUUUCAAUUAUCAAUUUUUUCCAUUCAUAAAUAUGUAAGUGAACCAAAGGUUUUUGUCCUUUCCUUCACUGGUUUGCUUUUAAAAAAAAAUACAAAACUGAUUUAUUGCAGAAUUAUGGUUCUAUUUUCUCAGCAUAUUAACUUGGAGAAAAAAUUUUUUAGCCUUAUCUCAGUCUGUCCCAAUAGUAAUGUGACGGAUGUUUGCAGAUUUAAAAUCUGAGAUGAUUAUUUCAAGUCAAUCUACUGAAUUACUUUUUUAAAGUAACUUUUGAAUCUAAGAAAAUGUGUCAAAGUGUGCACAUCCUUCUAUAGGUAAAAGUCUUAAAGAUUGCCAUAUUAGUCCUUCAGUUUUACAGUGGACUGUUCUAGUACACUGGUUCAAUGAAAGGAAAUUAUAAGUAUCUUUUACAUAUUGUAAAAGUGUAUGCGAUUAAUUUGUGAAUAGGCACUAUUUAAUCCAUUACCUGGCACUAGAAACAUAAGAUUUUAAAAUAAUUGGGAAAGAAGAUGGGUCAUGUAUUAAUCAGUGAACAGAGAUAUACUUAACCAACAGAUUUGUAUUGAAAUGCAACACAUGCACUUUGUGUGUCUCCUCUUAAUUUAAGGGAAGGUUAGAGGGAUGUUUUCUCUUCUUAUCUUGUGUAUAAUUCUGUAUUGCUUAGGAUAUUAAAGUAGAGCACUCAGUGUGGGUUUCUGUGUAUUGAGGAUUUAUUUGAAUUUCAAAUUAAAGUUAUGUACUGGGCGUUACAGACUUAACAGCAUAGUGAAUGGUGAGACUAGUGCAAAACAUUUAUUUCUGAAAAUUAAAGACCAUUAUUACUACCAAAUCAAUGUGACUGUUUCAUAUGCAUUUUGCCUUUGUUAAUUUCAAACAAAGUAUCAUUAGUGAUCAACUAGCUACCUUCUUUUUUCUUCAAGUGGAAUGUUCUCUUAAUUUGUAUAUAACCUGUUGUCUAAAUUUUAUGUACAGUCUUUUAUAAUAAACCAUUCUCCUAUAUGAAAUUUUGGAUACUGUUAAAAUAUAAAUAAUGUGGAUUUAAGAGCAGACUUCACAAUUUUCUGACCUUUACUCCUAUGGUGAAACAAGACAAACCGUUUGAGUUUUAACAUUGAUUAUUUAUUUGUGUAAUGGCUUUACAUGUGGAUAUUAACAGUGUAAACAAAUACCACAAAUAACCAUCAAGAUACCUCGAUUAGAAUUUAAAGGGUUACAUGACAGAUUCAGGCAGUUUAAUUAAUUACAUUUAAAAAGUUCUGUGGAAAACUUUGCCAAUAAAAAAAAUUGCCCAUCAAUAAGAUUGGAAUUAUUUUUUAAAAUGAUUUUUGGUUAUUUGCAUAUGAAGCAAACAAAGUAUAUUCCACAAAAUUCUUUAGGCACAAUCUGGUAAAAUAGCUGCCAGAAAGAACAGAAAGAGUUGUCAUUUAUCUCUUGUAAGUACAAUUUCUGAGAGCUGAAUGAGGGCAUCUCUUUCUGGGGAUGGUCGAAGUUUACUGAUCUCUCUUACUGCUUCGUGGCAGUACCGCUGCGCGAGGUAGGUUGUUUGUUGCACACCAUCACUCUGCAGAUACGGAACAAAACAGAAUAGCAGAACAGCUGUGACUGACUGGAUCAGCUUUUGGGUUUCUGCUGUGCUAUGAUGAAUUAAAACAUACUUUUGAGGUCAAAUGAGCCAAGGGGUAAGUCAUAUAUAUAGUUAAUAGCCAAACUACAUAUCUCAUGGUUCUAUUUCCAACUCAUAAUCCUAGCUUCCUCUGCUUGCUUCUUUUAGUUUCUUUUCUCAGACCAAAGCACAUUUUUAGUGUUUGCAUACAACGUGGGUGACUCAUUAAUGUCCACUAGCCAUCUAUUUCUUCCUACUUUUUACUUAAGUAUGUAAAAUACCUAAAGCAGAAUUUUAAAUGAAAAAGUUUAAAAAUAAGGAGAGCUGGGUGCAGUGGCACACACCUGUAAUCCCAGCAGCUGGGGAGGCUGAGACAGAGGAUUGCAAGUUCAAAGCCAGCAACUUAGCAAGGACCUAAGCAACUCGGCGAGACCCAUCUCUACAUAAAAUAUAAAAAAGUGCUUGGGGAUGUGGCACGUGGUUAAGACCUGCGAGGUUCAAUCCCAGUGAAAAAUAUUUUAAAAUGAGAAUGGGGGCAGUGUCAAGAGAGGUGCCUUCAGGAUGAAGCAAGGAAUAUACACUCAAGGCAAGAAUGCAGGCAACCUCGAGUGAGACGUCAACCUGUUCAUAUUCUUAUUUCUUGAUUACCAAUUUUUAUUGCCUUUCUGUUAACAAAGACGGGCAUUUGGCCACCUACACAUAGUGUGUCUCCUAAUUUGACCAUUAUAUUGCUGUUUAGUUCUUCUGUUAAUGACUUGAUACCAGUG